AUGCUUGUCACCAGGCAAUACGACACGGAGCAUAGCCAUUGGCCUUUUAGCAAAUACGACCCGUCUCGCAAUCCGGCAAGCCCACGCAUGUCGAACCCUUACGAUGUUCAUGUCGAGUUGCCGGCGCCAUCCAGUUGGCAAGGCCAGCACUCGGGCACUGCCCACAGCGGGAAUGGGCUUGCCCAACCUUUUGGGCAACGGAGCGAUGAAACACAGCCUGCACAAUCGCGACAGCCUGCGGGAGGUAGAGGCAAUGCCCUUGGCAUUCAUGUGAGGCGCGAGACGAACCAGAUACAUGCUCCUGCCUCGAUCAUGACAGACCAGCGUGGACUGCCUUCAGAAGUACGGCACUCGAACCUUCAGGAUGGGGGUUAUGGAGCAAGGUUCAGCACAUCAGCUCGAGAGAACCCCAUCACCGCAGAGUCUGGAAAGGCACAGGCGGGAAAGGCAAACUCUCUGAAGGAUGAUGACGAGGAUGAUUUGGAUGAGGAAGACAUGCUUGAUGGAGAGGGAGACAACCCUGCCCAAACUGCGGCGGAACGCGCAGCAGCUCGCCGCAAGAUGAAGAGGUUCAGACUUACCCAUCAGCAAACUCGAUUUCUUAUGAGCGAGUUUGCAAAGCAGCCACACCCUGAUGCCGCGCACCGGGAGCGUCUGUCGAGAGAAAUUCCCGGACUCAGCCCACGACAAGUUCAGGUCUGGUUCCAGAAUCGACGUGCCAAGAUCAAGCGUCUCAACGCUGACGACCGCGACCGAAUGAUUAAGAUGAGAGCAGUCCCCGAGGGAUUUGACAACGUUCAGGCACUCCAUUCGCCAUACGGAGCUGUUCAUGGCAUGAACACCCCGUUGUCGGCUCCAGGGCAAUUCAACACCCAGUCGUAUGCACAGCACAUGAUGAGGCCGCUGAUCGUCGAUGUACGGAGGACUGAGGCGAGCGAGCAUGCCUCCCCGACCAGCCUGACUCCUGGAUUUGGGGGGCUUGGGUACAGCCCUGCUGGGAGCAUGAACAGUCCUAGCAUUGUCUCACCGCUCUCUCCAGCUUCGAGCGACCGAUAUGCCUAUGGCGGGCACUUCUCUGCUCCCCUCACAGCGAGCCCCAGGACAUCGCACCCCUUUGGACAACAUGGCCUCGACGCCCCUAUCGAAAUCAACCGGCCAAGCCCUCACCCUAUCCAGCCUCCCCUGCUCCGUGACACCAUGUCCAGAGCCAGGUCAGAGUCGUCACAAUCACCACUGCGUUCGACCAUGUCAUGGAAGGGAGACACAAUCGACUAUUCCUACCGAGGAGCAAACACGAGCCCAAGCCUUGCCGACCGACACACUCCUCUGUAUCAGCCUGCCCCCAUAGCGCAGUCCUCUGGUGGUAUGGAUACUUACGCUGUGAACUCGAUGCCUGGGAGCAGGGCUUCGCCCGUGCCCCAGGCCCCAAGCCGCGAAGUUGAAAGGGCUUGA